AGGAUCCUCAAGGCCUUCGAGGCCACCUCCUAACCGGUGUGGUUUGCUCUGCUGCCCACAGCAGAGGCGGCGGCAGCCACGGCGUGAAUCCCUGUCCCGGAGCUGGGCGGGCUUCCCUGGGUCUGACCCUCCCCCAGCCCGGCGCAUCCCUGGGCCGGACGCCCCGCCGGGACAUCGGACGCUCCGAGCCGCCUCAUUGGGCGGCUGCUCGGCCUCAUUUACGUAGUCGUCCGCUCCCCGGAGCUUGGAGAUGCCCGGGGCGUGCUGAUUGAAAGGCCGACGUCACGAGCGGCUCCUACCUACUAGACUGGUCUGGAAACGAGCGCCGCACUUGGAGCUGACUUCAGAGCCUGCCUGCUUGUCUUCUGCUCGCUGCUGCGUCCGCCCGGGCAGCUGCCUGGGACUCUGCAGUAGGACCUCAGGCAUGGCAGAGCAGAUGCGGGGCUGGAGCCUGUCCUUUUCUGGCUGCGGUUUCAUGGGCUUUUACUACGUUGGGGUAACCCAGUGCCUGAGCGAGCACGCCCCGCAAUUGCUGCGGGACGCCCCCAAGAUUCUGGGCGCCUCGGGCGGGGCCCUGCAUUGUGUCACCUUCUUGUGCGGGAUCUCACUCGAACAUCGGCUCCAAAUUCUCAUGGACCUCGUCAGAAGUGCCAGAAAGCGCAAUAUUGGUGUAUUGCAUCCUUCCUUUAAUCUGUUCACACAUAUCCGUGAUGGUCUAAACGAAAUCCUCCCCUCUAAUGCUCACAAGCUGGUCUCUGGCAAAGUGGUCAUCUCACUCACCAGAGUGUCUGAUGGGAAAAAUGUAUUGGUAUCAGAUUUUGAUUCCAAGGAAGAGAUCAUUGAUGCUUUGGUUUGUUCCUGCUUCAUUCCAUUCUACUGUGGCUUAAUUCCCCCAACUUUCAGAGGUGUGCGAUACGUGGACGGAGGAGUGAGUAACAAUGUGCCUCUCAUUGACGCCAGCACCACCAUCACCAUUUCUCCUUUCUAUGGGGAGCACGACAUCUGCCCCAAAGUCAAAUCGACCAACUUCCUUCAUGUGAACCUCACCAACAUGAGCUUCCGACUCUGCUCGGGCAACUUUUAUCUUGCAGCCAGAGCCCUUUUCCCGCCGGAGCAGAAGGUACUUGGAGAGAUCUGUCUUCGGGGAUAUUUGGACGCACUUAGAUUCUUGGAAGAAAAGGGCAUCUGUGACCCAUCGCCUCCUUGUUUGAAUGUGCCUUUGGAAGAGAAAGAACCAGAGCUCACUUCAUCCUGCUGUGAAAGUGAGAGUCCCCCAACUAAGAUGCAGAGUAAUAAUGAGAUCACACCAGAGGGCACUGAGUUUAUUGACCAUCUACGACUCAGCAUAAUCCCAUGGGAUGACAAAAUUUUGAGAAUCAUCUCACCUGAAUUUUAUUUAGCUCUGCAAAAAUCAUUGAAAGAAAAGGGUGGAUACUUGGCCAAGAUCCUCAACUGCUUUCCCGUUCGGAUAAUAUCCUAUAUGAUGCUCCCAUGCACACUGCCUGUGGAAUCUGUGAUUUUUGUUGGGCAAAGGCUAUUGAGAUGGUUUCCAGAUAUGCCUGAUGACCUCGAAUGGCUGCAGUGGGCUGCUUAUAAAAUUUUCCGUCUAGCAUGAGAGUAUCUCCUCCUAGUAUCCAAGUGAGGAAAUGAAGGCCUUUUCCAAGUCUGCUGAAGUCGUUGUUGAGACUGGAGAUGAACCUAUGCUUCCAGAAUUCAAAUCCAAGUGAUUUUACCCCAGAUAUUCCUUCCUGUUACAAUCUAAGAAGACAAAGAGUUGUUUUUACUUUUUAGGAACCAAAACCCGUCUUUAGGAAAAAGCCAUCAGUUUGCCUGUCUCAAGCAGCCUGCCCUUGCUUAGAAGCUCUGAGCUUUUCUACACAUCUGGAAGACAGGCUGAGUGAGGGCCCUUCAGCUUCAUGUGCAAUGGAGGUUGAAGCUAGCAAUGAAAGAUACUCCAUCUUAAAAUCCAACCUCAUGUUUUCUCAAAUGGUAAAAUGCCUGGGUAGAAGAAAAUUCUAACAUCUCCUCUCCAAUACAAAAGCAAUUUAUAAGUCACUUGAGAAGAGAAAUUUAGAACAAUAUUUCUAAGAGCAUAAAAUCCUUUAUAUAAAUUGAGAGUUACUUUUCAAACCUGGUUUAUAAUGGCCCACUAGACGCUAUAACCAUACAGAAUUGUGGCUUCUGUACUGAAUUUUCCAAUUUACUUUUAUAAAAAAUGUAAAAUAGAUAAAGAAAAAUUUUUAGUUAGUUUUAAAGGAAACAAAAUAUUACUGCUCUUCCUUUCCUAAGUCAAGUGUUUGAGUUGGUUAGGUAAAUAGGUUAGGGAAUGAUGCUUCAGAAAAGGAAAAGGCCACUGACCCAGCAGGCAACCAUCUCACUGGCUGAUAUGGGAUCAUUUGGCACAGAGAAUAUUUUCAUCUCUCUUUUGGAGGAACUUUGACCACUUCAGUAAAGAGAUUCAGAAAGACAUAAGGUCUUUUAAUGUUUGUGCGGCCUGUAUCUAUGUGCAUUAAUGUCUGUAAGUUUGAAAAAAAAAG